AAAGAGCCCUUAGAGAAAUAGUGUGCCAUUUGUGUGUAGAAAAAAGAGUUAGAAAAAUUUUCAUAGACUAGACUUUGAAGAUGGAAAGUGGAGGAAGCUCUAACCCCAAGCAUAAAUCAAACACCAAAAGAACACCCCAAUCUGGCAUAGUCAUCCGGGAGCCGAGCGCAGCACCCGCCAACAUCCCCAACAAUGCUGCCGGCUUGAACCCGGAACAAACCUUCAAGCGCGAUCCGGACCAGUACAUGCCCAUUGCCAAUGUCAUUCGAAUCAUGCGCCGUAUCCUCCCGGCCCAUGCAAAGAUCGCUGACGAUGCAAAGGAGACUAUUCAAGAGUGCGUCUCCGAAUUCAUUGGCUUUAUUACAAGUGAGGCUAAUGACAAGUGCCAUCGGGAGUACCGGAAGACUAUCACCCCAGACGACGUGCUCUCAGCCAUGGGGACGUUGGGGUUCGACAAUUACAUCGAACCCCUGACCUUUUACUUGAAUAGGUACCGGGCUCAGGACCCCGAACGGGCCUCCAUGCACCAGUUGCCGUUCAUCAGGCGUGCGGCCGGCCCAGUUCAGCCACGACCAGCGGCUCAAAUGCCGGUAGCUCGACCACCGCCACUACAGGUGCCACCGCAAACAGCAAUGAGGUUUGCUCCACCGGCCAGAUUCGCUGUCGAAGGCGGUAAUUAUGCUGCGUUGCCACAAAUAGGUGACUACUUUGUGGGCAACGAGGGUGGCGGGGAAGGCUCCUCCGGCGGCUACCUGUACGAUCGGUAUAGGCAGUUUAGGUAGAAGAGUGUGGCCAGCCAUACUUAGAAACUUAAAAUCCAACCGGAUUGGUUGAAAUCUUCAUUGUUGUGUUUGAUGAUCAAAUCGGUAGAUUAGAUUUCUCAAUUUUGAUAUUAUGGUCGGCCUGCUGGCUCCAGAAAAUGUAAUGCAAACAUGUCACUAAUUUUAUACAAAGUUUUGUCAUAAAUUUAUGAGCAGUUUAAAAUUGCAAUA